UCCGCCCUCCUCUCCACCAACAGCAUCCCCCGCAUCCAACAGGCCCUGCAGCAGGCCCUGCAGGAGUCCGGCUGGUCCAACAACCUGCGCGCAUACAUUCUGCAGCUGCUGCGCUCCGGCGAAUGCACCACCUACGACGACGUCAUGCGCCGCGUCCUCGACGAGACCAGGCACCCCGACAAGUCCGCCGCCGACGCUGACGGUGCCGCCAACGGCGACUCCAAGAACGGCGACUCCAAGCUCGACAAGCCGGACAUUAAGGUGCCCGAGAAGGCGGUUCGAGAGGGCAUCAGAGCUGUGAGGCGAGAGGUGGAGACGGUUUGCGACGUCACA